GCGGCUUCGGGGCGACGCGCGGGCCAGACCCACUGAGGCGGCGGCGCAGGGAGCGGGGUUGCGGGGUCGCGGCGGCAGCGAGAGGGCGGCGGGAGCGCGCGGCGCCCCUAACCUCCAGCCGCGGGUGCGCGCCGGCACCCGCCCGCCGGGCCGACCGGCCGCGAUGUCCGGCGCGGAGGAGGCCGGCGGGGGCGGGCCGGCCGCGGGGCCUGCCGGCGCCGUGCCAGCUGGGGCCGGGGUCGGGGCUGGGGUCGGGGUCGGGGCCGGGCCAGGGGCGGCCGCGGGGCCGGCGGCGGCAGCGGCUCUGGGCGAGGCGGCGGGGCCCGGGCUCCCGGACGAGGCGGGCCUGGCAGGCGCCCGGCAGCUGCAGGAGGCGGCCGGCGACCCUGACGCGCCGCCCAAGAAGCGGCUGCGGGCGGCCGAGGCAGCCGAGGCGGCGGCGGCGGCGGCGGCGGCGGGCAGCGGGAAGCUGGAGGAGCGUCUCUACUCGGUGCUGUGCUGCACCGUCUGCCUGGACCUGCCUAAGGCCUCCGUGUACCAGUGUACUAACGGUCACUUGAUGUGCGCUGGCUGUUUUAUCCACCUACUAGCAGAUGCCCGGCUGAAGGAGGAGCAGGCCACGUGCCCUAACUGUCGUUGUGAGAUCAGUAAGAGCCUCUGCUGCCGCAACCUGGCUGUGGAGAAAGCCGUGAGCGAGCUGCCCUCCGAGUGUGGCUUCUGCCUGCGCCAGUUUCCCCGCUCCCUCCUGGAGAGGCACCAGAAAGAGGAGUGCCAGGACAGGGUGACCCAGUGCAAAUAUAAGCGCAUCGGCUGCCCGUGGCAUGGGCCCUUCCACGAGCUGACGGUGCAUGAGGCUGCGUGCGCCCACCCAACCAAGACGGGCAACGAGCUGAUGGAGAUCCUAGACGAGAUGGACCAGAGCCACCGCAAGGAGAUGCAGCUCUACAACAGCAUCUUCAGCCUGCUCAGCUUUGAGAAGAUCGGUUACACAGAGGUCCAGUUUCGGCCAUACCGCACAGAUGACUUCAUCACGCGCCUGUACUACGAGACGCCAAGGUUCACGGUGCUGAACCAGACGUGGGUCCUGAAGGCACGCGUGAACGACUCGGAGCGGAACCCCAACCUGUCAUGCAAGCGCACACUCUCCUUCCAGCUCCUCCUCAAGAGCAAGGUCACGGCGCCCCUGGAGUGCUCCUUCCUGCUGCUCAAGGGCCCGUACGAUGAUGUAAAGAUCAGCCCCGUCAUCUACCACUUUGUCUUCACCAACGAGAGCAACGAGACGGACUACGUGCCACUGCCCAUCGUCGACUCUGUGGAGUGCAACAAGCUGCUAGCCGCCAAGAACAUCAACCUGCGGCUCUUCCUGUUCCAGAUACAGAAGUAGGCGGCGCCGCGCUGCCCGCGCCUGCCCCGCAGCGGCCUCGCAGUGCCGUCUGACCGUUUUAGCAGAGGAGAAGGAACAGAUGCAAACAUUGGGAAGGUCUGCAUGCGUGUGCGAAGGUGUGAGUGCUCUCACCUCGCCCUCCGCCCCGCCUCCCCUGUCCCAGGCACCGGAGGCCGGGCCACCUGCAGAGGAGACGGUGGCUCAGGGACACAAUGGGGCUAAGCCCGUGGCCAUGCCCUGGCCCCCAUGGCGCAGUGAGGCGCACCGUCUGCUCUGGGCUGCGCCCGGCCCCUGGGCCGGGCUCAGGGAGCACGCUGACUUCAGACGGCAUAUUUGAUUGCAAUUAAAAAGGCACCCUUGUUUCCUA